AUGUUGCAGAAACGAGCUAUUUACGGUGAGCGCACUGGUGACAGACGGUUCGCCGAUAAGCUAAAGAUGUCGAGUUGGGCUGAUUCGCACCAAGGGCAGGAGGAUGAUACAAUAAAAACGAUGAAAGACGUGAUGGUGCGUUUGCGAGAAGCAAUACGUGCAGAAAGCGCGAAAAGAAUGGGAACACUUGAUUUGGUGUUCAACGAUGAAUUCUAUACGAAAAUCAAGGAAACCGAGGAUAUGGGUGUCGAAAUGCAGAAUAAGGCAGCCAUGUUCGAGAAGAUACUCCGCACUCAAUCGCUCAUUAAACGAAGAACCAAAGAAACCGAAUUCGAACGUUCGAUGAAAGUGCUGAAGAAACGUGCAGACAAACAGCCGAACGGCACGCAGACAGGAGCAGAAUCUGGAACAACGACUGCGCGAGAUGCUUCCGAAGGAUCGGAAACAUCAACGACACAAAAGAGAUCGAGUGAUAGUCCAGCUGGGCACAGUAAACGCCAUAGCGAUCAUGGUGCGACCAGUGUCGAUUUGACAAAGACCGGUAUUGCUCAGAGCGCAAAAUCAGAUGAGAGUCAACCAGUGCGCAAACAAUCUGUUGAUCAGAAACGAUCUGAAAAGAAGCUGACUAUCAAAGGAAUCGGUGAAGCGACUAUUCAACGAUUGGGUCAAUGGCGAAAGAACGCAGCACGUAUUUUGCAUAUCUCAAAAAGCACACGUGAACAAACUAAACGAAAAGCAUUCAGAAGAAAGGUGGCUCACAUUUUCGAUUUAUUCAUAUCCCUGAAGUCAUAUCCAGAACUAAAGGACGUGUCACACGAAAAAGACGAAUUCGCAGCAAAAAUUCCAUCAGCCAACAGAGUGGAAACGCUCAAAAAGUUGGCCGAGUUGGUCAAACAACUCGUCGCAGACACAAACUGCUCAAGCUUAAAGGAAGCAAACAACAACCAAUUUUGA